AUGGUGUGCUGUUUCGCCGCUUUGCAGUACACUGGCUGCAUGCAUCGCUCGGUAUUCAAAAUCGACUGUACAAGAGACUGCGAAAGCCGCUGUGAGCCGCAAGAACUGAUCUUGGAAGCACUGGUGUGCGUUCCCUGCGAGCGCUGUCUUGAAGCGCGAGCGGACAGGAGGAUACUCGAGCGCGCCCUUAUAGUCAAGCGUGCAGAGCUGCUGGCUCUCGAACUGCAAGAGGCACAAGAAGGCGGGGCACCGUGUCCUCCGCAUUUCCUGUACAUGACGAGGACCCGCGUCCACGAGAAUCUCGAAGUUGCGUCGGUUGAGUUUGCGGCUCGACUCGCUCGGGCCAGUUACGCGGAGAGUUGGACCUUUGAGGUGGCAGAGCUGGUCUGGCAGCUCAAGCAUGGGAAAUGCAAAGACGUAGCGGCCGUUAAGCGCAAAUUGAACCAGCUCAUGAAGAUGAGUACCUGGAAUCUUAAAAUCAUCAGCAAGUCGAGCUGGAGUCGUGACGCCGUCGACUCGUCCGAAGAGAGCAACGCCGCGGCGACGAACGAGGAUCACAAUGUGGGAGUGACAGAGAGCAACGAAUCUGUCCGGCCGGGAGCUGAUACCUCCGCCUCCAUCACCGGCUCGAGCAAGAUUGCCGCACAAGUCUCCAUCACCAUCUUCGUCUGCAUUGCAGCCGUCACCCCAGAUACCGACUCGGACAGAGCCACCGACAACGAAUCUGUCCUGCCGGGAGCUGAUGCCCCCGCCUGCAUUACCGGCUCGAGCUAG